ACCGCCAUCUUUGGGACCUGCAACCGGAAAAGGGUUUCUCGGAAUGAUUGUAAAUUAUAUGUAAGAUGGACACUUUGGUAAAUGUUCAGCGCCGGAAUAUGGGACCAUAGAUUAUCUUCUAAAUAUACAUAUAACUUAUAUGAAAUUCUAUUGGUUUAUUUAAAUAUAUAAGUUGGAGUGACGAGAGUGACUACCUCUCACAACAACAUUCUAUCAUAAUGACUAAUACUCAGGCCGAACCUCACAGUUUUGAAGUCUGCACCGAAGCAGAACUUUUUCCCAAGAAGAAUCCUGUUUGUGAUGACGAGGGUCUGGUUGUUCCGUUUCCGACUCUUCAUGGAGAGUCUGUGGAGUAUCUUGGUCGAGUAUCAGAUGGAGUUAUUGCCCUUUCUAACUAUCGUCUGUUGAUUCGAGCGAAGAAGUGGUUUGUAAAUAUACCACUUGGUUUGAUUGAUGGUGUUGAUACGAGAGAAAUAUUCUACAUCGUAAUAUCAUGUAAAGAUGCUACAACAAUCAGGUGUUCGUUCCCUACUAACGACUGGUGUCAAGUUUGGUAUAAACGUCUGGUAGAAAAGACAAGCUGUUUAAAAGAUUUAAACCAAUGUUUUGCUUUAUCUUAUCACGCCUGGUGUAUGGAUGACAACGCUUCUGGUUCUCAAUCCUCAGCUUCACAGACCAGUCACAGUCUCUGUCAGAUCACUGAUGAAGUGUUAUUAUAUAAAUUUGGUAACGAAAUAAAGAGAAUGAAGUUUGAUACGUCUAAUAAUAAGGUGUGGCGUAUGUCAUAUAUAAAUGAAGAUUUUAAAAUAUGUCCAUCGUAUCCUAACAUACAUAUAGUACCAACUUCUGUAUCGGAUGACGAUCUACAUAGUGUAGCUAGUUUCCGGUCAAUGAGACGAUUUCCAUCAGUCGUCUGGAGGAGUCAGAAGAAUGGUGCUGUAAUUGUCCGAUGUAGCCAGCCUGAGUUAGGAUGGUUAGGCUGGAGAAAUACAGAAGAUGAAAAUCUAUUAUCAGCUAUACCUCUAGCUUGUUCACAAGAUCCUGGUACGGAGAAUAAACCUGAAUCAGGACAGACAACUCCAGAUCAAAACGGUGAAGUAGCUGUACCUAUUGUAAGUCAGAAGAAGAUGUUACUCAUAGACUGUAGAUCAUAUGGUGCAGCUUUUGCUAAUAGAGCUAAAGGUGGAGGAUGUGAAAGUGCAGAUUAUUAUCCAUGUUGUGAGAUCCAGUUUAUGAAUCUAGCUAACAUCCAUACUAUUAGAAAAAGUUUUAUAGCUUUAAGAACAUUGACCAGUACAUUUACAGAACAGGCCAAUUGGUUAUCAAGUUUAGAGAAUACGAAAUGGUUACAUUAUAUAGGAGCUAUUCUAAGAGCAGCUAAUUUAGUUGUAUCAGCUGUAGAUCAAGAAGCUCGACCAGUAUUAGUACAUUGUUCUGAUGGUUGGGAUAGAACACCACAGAUUGUUGCUCUAGCUCAACUCUUACUAGAUCCUUACUAUAGAAAAAUUGAGGGUUUUCAAGUAUUAGUUGAAAGAGAGUGGUUUGAAUUUGGACAUAAGUUUGCCGAUCGUUGUGGACAUUCGUUAGACAGUGAAGAUGGUAAUGAACGAUCCCCCGUGUUUUUACAAUGGCUAGAUUGUGUAUAUCAAGUAUAUAAACAGUUUCCUUGUGCUUUCGAAUUUAACGAAGCUUAUCUGGUCAAAUUGGUCCAUCAUACUUAUUCUAGAUUGUUUGGUAAUUUCUUAUUUAACACCAAUAGAGAAAGAGUUAAAGAAAAUCUUUCUAAAAGAACAACUUCGGUGUGGACAUUACUUCAUCCUAGAAAUACAAAAUUCCAUAAUUUACUCUACAAUAAUAAAGAAAAUUCGGAGUCUCAACAGAUUCUGUAUCCAGAUUUUAGUAUGAACAACUUAUCGUUAUGGCGAUCGGUCUAUUUAUCCAAUAGUUCUCUUUCUACUAAUACGACCGAAGAUAUCUCUAACCCGCUAGAGACAGGGGAAAUAACUCCAGAUAUUGAAUCCAUGUGCUUACAGAAAACCCGAUCAUGUGAAAACCUGGCUAAAUUACAAGACCACGCUCCGUUAGUUACGCGGAGAUUGAGUGAUCCCAAUAUCCUCCACGGCUCCCAGGAACAAAUCGUCGCAGCUUGUAAGGACCUUGAUUCUAGUCCAAAACAUGUGGAAAAUGAAAGUAGCUGUGUUAAUGAUCAAGCUAUUAUUAGUAACGGAGUUGUUACGAAUGGUGUUAAUGGUAUCGAUAGUGAUAAGGAAAACUCUGACAGUGAAGAAAAUACUGUCACAGUGUCAGAUAGCAACGAUAAUAUUGUAAAUGAAAUACAGGAAAAUGGUGACGGGAAAGGGAAGGAAGUUGAAAAGGAGGCUCAAGAUGAGAUCGCAGACGAGGCUCAGGAGGAAGAGGAGGAGAUCAAAGAUGAGGGGGAGGGUGUAAUAAACGAGGACGAGCCAGUUGACGAAUUGUGUAGGAAUACCACAAACUUUAACGGACAUAGUAAUCACCAACUGACUAACGGCCAUGCAACCUUGAAGGAGAUUCAAGCUAAAAAUCUAGUUAACGGACACAGUGAUUCUAGUUUACGAGACCGAAAACCUCUACAAAAAUCUGUGGAAAGUUCAACUGAUACGAUUACGGGGGACGAAUAUUUCGAGAGAAAGUUAGACGAUAAUGUACCGAAUGGUGUUACAAAUGGUCUAUCAAAUGGCCACACUAACGGUUAUAGUAAUGGCCACGCGAUGUACGAUGAAAUAGGAAAACUAGCCGAUAGCCAUCAGUAUUUGAUAAAAACAAACAGUUCACGGCCAAUCUCUUCGAUGAGUACAAGUACUAGUGAUAUAAGCGAUUCCCAUGUCGGUUCGUCUAAAAGUGAAUGGGAUUCGAAAGUAAGCGACCUUAAACUUUCAAGCCAGUGUUUUGGUUCGAAUCGUCCUCCAUAUAAGUUAAAUUGUUCUGCAGGAUAUCCGUACUCUAAGCCAAACAUAAACAGUGCUAGUCCCUCCCCUUCUUCCUCUUCACCGUAUCCGACACCAUUUUAUUCUCGUACCCCGAACUCAACGUGUCCUCCAACUCCGGAGAUUCAAUCCAAGUCAUGUGAUUGGCAGAUCAAUCGUCAAUUAAAUGGUGUCGGACGUCAUCUUGAUUGUGACGGACUAACAACGUUUAUUGACCCGAUUCAACAGAGGAUGCAACAAAAGGAAGCUGAUUAUAAGAAAGUUAUAGAAGAUUUACGAAUGAAAGUUUGUUCGUUACAGAAACAAUUAUGUUGUAAUGGUAUCCAGAGACUGGAUAAUCGAGAUGAUUUGAUGGCAUUACCUGAAGAUUAUGAUGGUGAUCAUUGUUCCCUAGGUAAUAUUAGUAAUCCAGCAUCAGAUGUUAGUUGGGAGAAUCUAGAUUAUAAAGAAUCACCUAUGAUAAUGUGGAUACCGGAUCAUGCCGUUACACAUUGCGCAUGUUGUCAAUCUCAGUUCUGGACAGCUAAACGAAAACAUCAUUGUAGGUCAUGUGGUAAAAUUUAUUGUGCUGAUUGUUCCAAUUAUUUUGCACCAGUUCCACAUCAACAUCUAAAGGAAUCCGUACGGGUGUGUCAAUCAUGUCAUGAUUUACUCCAACCCCAGUUCCCCGAUAUAAUCGAUGAUCGACAGCCUCAGAUGAUUAUAGAAUAGUUUAAUACAUGGACAUUGUCUUAUUUCACAGCUCAU